AUGCAUCCUACAAAUAAUAAGAUAUUCGCUUUAAAGAAUCUCAAAAAUAAGUUAUACUCAAAAAAUUAUCACAAUAAUAAUAGACAAGCAAAUGCUGGUAACAGCAAUACCAAUAAUAAUGCGAAUACUAGUAACAACACAAACUUUUUCGAUAGCUCGUAUCAGCACUAUUUAAGGCAAAAUCAUGGUUUAAUUAAUAAAGAUCAAAAGAAUAGAAAUUCAAAUUUAACCAAUCUUUCAAAUCCACAACAAUUGUAUCCAGUAAUUGGUGCAAAUUCAAAUUUUAAUAUAUUAGAUGAUGUUUUGCAUGAUAAUCUUAUCAUUCAUUACAAUAUCAAUAAUAAUAGUACUGCUGCAAUAACAACAACAACAAAUAUUCAGGUACCAUCAACACACCCCUUCCAUUCUAAUAACCUACUUCAUCAUGAUAUAAUACCGACAACAAGUUUUUCAUCAUACAAUCAAGAUUCAAAAAGAUAUUAUUCAACUGUUAUAACAGAUUAUUUAGAGUCUUCCACAACAAAUAUCAUCAAUAAUAAUAACGACAGUAGAGGAAGGGCCUCACAGCAACAGCGGAAGAUUCAAGAUGAUGAAGAUCCAUGGGAAAAAGAUACAGAUGAAUCUCUAAAUAAAACAACUUUUUUACAAACGCAUAUUGACCAAAUUAAUAACUGUUAUCGUAUUGAAGAUUAUAAUAAAAUAAAUUCUCUAUAUCAAUCAUUAAAGAGAAAUAAUAUUGUACCACCAAUUGAAAUUUAUGAGAAAAUUUUUGAUUCAUUUAAUAAAAGAAAUUUCGAUCAAAAUACUAAUUUAUUAAUCAAUGAAAAAAUGUAUCAAUUAUUAAAUUGUUAUCAAGAUUUAAUUAAUAGCAAAUUGAAACCAACAACAACAAUUUAUAACAGUUUAUUGGAACAAAUUUUUAAAAAUUCAAUAAUCUCAUUUGAAUCUGAAAAUAAUGUUAUAAAUGGUUACGAUUUUUGGAAGAUUGGAUCUGAAAUUUUUCAAACUGUCAUUAAAAAUAAUAAAUUAUCAAAUGAUGUUAUUAACUAUUAUUUACUUUCAAUGAAUCUUUAUUCAAUGUUAAACAAUAAAAGAAAUUUAAAUGACAUUAUACCAAAUCUCAAUAAUUUUCAAAAUUUUAUUAUUAAUUUAUCGACAAGUUAUAAGAAAAAUUCAUUUUAUUUCAUUUCAAUGUGUAAUUUAGCCAAAUUGAAAAAUGAUUUAAAUUUUAUGAAAAAAUUGUAUCAAGAAUUUUUAUUAAAUUUAUCAAUAAAUGAAAAUUUAAUUAAAAAUCAAUUUGAAAUUUAUUCAAUAUUUAUUUCUGGUUUUAUGGAAACUGGUGAAUUGGAUUUAGCAAAUAAAAUUUUUAAUAAUGUUAUUAAUGAAAUUAAAUUGAAAGAUAAUUUAUCGACGUCAAUUAAUCUCUUACUUUCCAAUUAUUUGUUAUCAUUAAGUAAAAUCAAUUCUCAAAGGGCUUAUGAUUUAUGGUUACAAUUCAAUAAAUUAAAUUGGGUACCAGAAUUUAAUUAUGAUUUUUAUCUUUUAUUUAUGUCAAAUUGUUUCCAUGAUUGGAAUUUAACUAAAAAAUUUAAUAAUUAUAUUUUUCCAAUGCAAAGAACAACAACAACAACACAAUCUUCAUCAUCAUCAUCUUUAAAUUCAUUAAAAUUGAAAAAUUUAUCAAAUUAUUUGUUAUACCCAAUUAAUACAAAAUUUGUUAUUAAUCAACUAUUAGAUUAUUCAUUGCAACUUAAAGAUUCAGAAAUUAUAAUGAAAUUAAUUGAAGAAUCAAUGAUUAAAUAUUUUACAUUCGACAUAAAUCUUUAUCCAUUUAUUUUCAAAUUUUUAAAAGAAUUUAAUUGUCCCAAUGAUUAUUUUUUAAAAUUGAUUGAAAAUCAUGGUAAUAAUUUAAAUCAAUCAAAUUUAUUAAAAUUUUUAAAUUCUAUUAUAUCAGCAUAUGGGAAUGAUCAACUCCUUUUAAAUGAGAUUAUAUUCCAAUUACCUAAAUUUUUCAAAAAUAUUUGUCAAAAUUUUGAAAUUAAUGUAAAUAAUUUUGAUGGACUAUUACUUUGUUUAGAUAAUUUGUCAAAAUCUUUACAAAAUUUUAAUCACAAUGUUAACAAUUCACAAAUUAUUCAAAAAUUACCAUAUUUAUUAGAGAUACAUGCUAUCUUAAUCAUUAAAUUUUUUGAUUUUGAUUCAUUUACACCAUCAAAAUCAUCAGAAUCUGUAACAAUAAACCAUUUAGAAGAAACAAUAUUAGAAAAUUUUAAGAAUUUAUUGACAACGUUUAAAAAUUUAAAUUUAAAUCCUAAUGACAUUAAUAAUCAUAAUAUUGUAACACAAGCAAUUAAAUUGAGCUCAAUAGAUGAUGAUCAACAUUUCUUAAAUUAUUUUAACAAUCCUGGUGAUUGGGAUAAAUCUUACCCACUGUCAUUAGUUGAUCUUAUCAAAAAUUCAAAAUUUGAAGAAAUGGUUAAAAUUUUCGAAAAUUUAUCAAGUGAAGGUUAUUGCUUUGAUUAUGAUACUUAUAAAGCAUUAAUUCAGAGUGGUUAUAUCAAUGAAACUGUUGUUAAAAAUUCAUUUGGAAGAUUAAUUGAAUUGAAUGAUCAAUUAGAAUUGAGAAAAUUGACGAAUUUGAUUGUUAAUUCAUUACCUGGCAAUUCAUUAGAAGAUAUUUUACUUCUAAAUGACGAAGUUUCAAAUAUGAUCAAUUUCAAAUUUUUAAAUGAUGAUUCAUUAACCAAAAUUGUCAAUAAUUUGAAUAAGAUCAAUUUAUCAGAUUUCUUGAAGAUUAUUGAUUUUCCAAACAAUUUCAAAGCAAUUAAAAUUCAAAUUGAAUUUAAAAAUUCAAUUAAUUUAAUUUAUGAAACUUUGUAUCAUUUGAAGUUAUAUCAAUCGAUAGUUCAAUUCAAUGAAUUAUGCCCAGUUUUGAAUUUGAAGAUUCUAUUAAAAUCCUGUAUUAGAUGUGGCAAUUAUGAAACUUUUGAAAAAUUUUCUCUUAAAUUUCAAAAUGAUUUCUCUUUAUUGAAUGAAAUCGAUCAAUUAACUUUAAAAUGUGAAUAUUUGAUAAAUAUUGGAAAGUUUGAUGAAACUGUUCAUUUAAUAGAACAAUCAAAGGAAAAAAAUGAAAAAAUCAAUGACUAUUACAGUUUUGCCAUAUUUUUGAAAAGUUUCAAUGAAAACAUUAAAAAUUUCAAAAAUUUACCCGAAAAUUCUUUACAAUUUGCAAAUAAUCUAUCAACUUUUUCAAGUUUCCAUGAUUUAUUAUCUUAUUACGAAACUGUGAAUAAUAUUAAAUCGAACAAGAAAUCAAUUAAAUUAGAAAUUAUUGAUCAAAUGUUAAAUAAUUUAUUCGAUGCAACAAGAUUAAUUGAACCUAAUGAAAUUACAAAUAAAAUAUUUGAAUUUAAAUUAAAAACUUUUUUAAGAUUUAAAGCAUUUUUGAAGAUACCAAAUUUUAGAACCUUAGAUUUGAUUAAAUUGAUUGAAAUAUACUCCAAAUUCAAUCCAUUUUCAAUUUCAACUUUAUUUAAUAACAUUUUAGAGACAUAUCAAUUCAAAAAUAAUAUUUUAAACUUGGAAUACAAUCUAGUUUGGAAUUAUAAUAAUAAUAGUGAAUUGAUUUUAAUCUUAAGUAAUAUUGAACAAAAGUUUUUGGAACAAGAUGAUAAAGAUAAAAUUGAUAAAGUUCAAUUAUUCAAACAACAUUUAUUACUGGAUAAUAAAUGA